AUGAACACCCACGACCAAUCCUAUGAAGAGCUACUUAGAAGGCGCAAGGAGGAGGAGCAAAGACUGAUUGAGCAACUUCGAUACAAACGAGCCUGCGUUAGCUUGGCCCCAACCCUUCCAACGGAACAUGAAGUCCAAAGAAAAAUCAAACAAUUCGUUCGGUUAAUUCUUCACAUUAUGAGAUCCAAUAAUUUAUCAAAUGAAUGCGCAGAGCUAUUUGGACAACGUUCAACUCUUUUCGCGAAGAGGGAAGCUACCUUGUACAAGUACAAGGUACAGAACCUACAAAUGAGGGCGCAAUGUAUUAGAGAGGAAAUAAUAAGCGUGGUGCAAGGAAUAGCCAUGAGCUACGAGGCAUACGGAUUCUUAAUACUAGCAAAAUCCGUCCCUGAGAGUUCAGGUACUGAUUUUUACGAUCAGGAAGUGGACGGUAUUUCACUCGAACCGGCUUUCGUUAAUGAACUCACCACGAAAGAGCUCGAAUUCUUGGAUGAGCUUCAGAAAAGCAUCAAAACGGAAAUGCAUGAGGCGAUAAAACAGACUGAAAAUGAAGACCACCAGAACAUCCACGUGGAAACGUUGAAAGCCUUCACUGAGUCUCACCGACUUAUGGAAGAAUUUGGCAACAUCAUUAGACAGGAAUUUACACGCUUUGGAGAAAAAUUAACAGCGCUCGAAGCCCUCCUAGAAGACACGGAGACCAGACAUCGAAACAUGAUGUCGACAGCUCAAAAAUGCGAGCAAACUCCAAUGCCUGAUGAUUCCACAGCAGUGAGAAUCGACGAGCAAACGAAACCCCCUGAAGGUGAUGUCGAAGAGGACUUAUUGGACCUAGAUGGCGAAGAGGUGCAAAGUCAACCGGAUGUGCAAAUCCACCAAAGAGACGAACCCUCGGAGCACCUGAAGGAUGAAGAGACAUGGAAAAACGCUGAAAGAAAAGAUAAUGAUAAAAUGCAAAGGUUAAGGUCGAGAUCGCCUCACCGCAAUGUUCACAGACGAAAGAAAUGGAUACGAAACCGCAUGGCAGAGCUCCUUCACCAAAUUAAGAAAUCAUCACGAAUGCCAAACUGA